AUGGACGACGACAAGAUCGAUAGUAGAGGAAAGCCCCCACGAACUCCUCCUAAAAACAAACCAAACCUAAUGGCCCCGCCCCCACGUCGUCAACUUCUUCUACUCCACCUUCUCCUCUUCCUCUCUCUUCCACUUCUCCGGAUGGGUUCCGUCGCCGCCGCCGUCCCCGAAGGCGAUCGCGACCCCGAGGAGGGCGCCCGCGCGCUCCUCGCGCUGCUGCAGCGGGUACAGUCGGAGGCGCUGCGCGCGCUGGGCCCGCGCGACUUCGACCCCAAGCUCUACGUGGACCUGCCGCUGGCGCCGGGCGCCGACCUUGCCGCCGCCUCGGCCGCGCUGGCGUCCGUGGCCACGCGGGAGGAGAUGGAGGCGUACCUCGCGCGGUACUUCGCGGCGGCCGGGUCCGACCUGCUGGCGGCCGACCCGCCGGACUUCGACCCCGAGCCGCGCGGGUUCCUGCCGCGCGUCGCGGCCGGCGGCGAGGCGCGGGCGUGGGCGCUGCAGGUGCACGCGCUCUGGAAGGACCUGGCGCGGCGGGUGGCGCCGGCCGUGGCCGCGCGGCCCGGCAGGCACACGCUGCUGCCGCUGCCGGGCAGGGUCGUCGUGCCGGGCGCCAGGUUCCGGGAGGUCUACUACUGGGACUCCUACUGGGUCGUCAGAGGCUUGCUGGUGAGCAAAAUGUAUGAAACGGCAAAAGAUAUCGUGCUUAACCUUGUAUACCUUGUGGAGGAAUAUGGUUUUGUUCUCAACGGUGCAAGAUCGUAUUACACUAAUCGAAGCCAACCGCCACUUUUAAGCUCGAUGGUUUUAGAACUAUACACGGCCACAGGUGAUUUGGGCCUUGUGAGGAGAGUAUUCCCCUCUCUGAUGAAAGAGCAUAGCUUCUGGGUAUCAGAGCUUCACAACGUAGCAAUAAUGGACAAUAAUGGAUGUGUGCAUAACUUGAGUCGCUACCAGGCUAUGUGGAACAAACCUAGGCCAGAAAGUGCAACAAUUGAUGAGGAACUGGCCUCAAAGCUUAAUUCUAUAACCGCUAAGGAAAAAUUAUACCACCAGAUUGCUUCAGCAGCUGAAACGGGAUGGGAUUUCAGCUCUCGAUGGAUGAGCGAUCCAACUGACAUGACAACCUUGGUAACGACUUUCAUCAUACCGGUGGACUUGAACACAUUCAUAUGCAAGAUGGAACGGGACAUAGCGGUGUUUGCUGAACUCAUUGGAGAGAAGGCAACGGCAGAAAUUUUCUCAGAGGCUUCAAAAUCGCGGCAUACGGCAAUCGAGACUAUUUUGUGGAAUUCUGAGAUGGAACAGUGGCUUGAUUACUGGCUUCCCCUCGAUGGAAACCAGGGAGUCUACAAGUGGGAAUCGAAGUCACAGAACCAUAACAUUUUUGCUUCUAACUUCGUACCCUUGUGGUUGAAUGCACAUAAUUCAGGUUUGAUGCCGUUCCUGGAUGAAGCCAAAUCGGUGAGAGUCAUGAGAAGCCUCCAGACAUCAGGACUGGUCUAUCCUGCAGGAAUAGCAACUUCAGUAUCAAACACAGGGCAACAAUGGGACUUUCCAAAUGGGUGGGCACCAUUGCAGCAUCUGAUAACCGAGGGAUUGCUGAACUCUGGUUCGACAGAAGCAAAGAAGUUUGCUGAGGAUAUUGCUACGAGGUGGGUGAGAACCAACUAUGCGGCCUACAAGUCAACUGGCGCGAUGCAUGAGAAGUACGACGUGGAGGCCUGUGGUAAAUCUGGAGGAGGCGGUGAAUACAAACCCCAGACUGGUUUUGGUUGGUCCAAUGGUGUAUUAUUGUCGUUCUUGGAAGAGUUUGGGUGGUCCCAGGACAAAGAAAUAGGAUGUCUAUCAUGAUGGAUCAAGCAAGCAGCCUUUUCAGAAGCAGAAUGUGUCUAGGCAUGCAGGUUUAUAGGGCGAUUGUUUUUUACUGAAAGUGCCCUUCUUCUAAGCUUUCUUGAGAAAUUAUAGAGAAAUGUGUGUGUGUAUUCAUUUUCAUACAAAUUGGCAAUGCAGUCUGUUUUCUUACUUGAUCUUCCAUGUAUGUAACUAACCGUUGCGUUGUACCGGUGAACUGUCCCUGAACAGUCGCCUCACCUCCCGUUGUUUACACCGUGAACGGCCUUGUAGGGCAGGAUCUUU